AUGGGAAAGAAACAGAAUGGCAAAACCAAGACGGUUGAGGAUGCAGAGCCGGAAGAGUUUGUUGUGGAGAAAGUCUUGGAUAGACGAGUUGUGAACGGAAAAGUUGAAUACUACUCAAAGUUGAAAGAUUUCACAGAUGCAGACAACACACGGGAGCCAGAAGAGAACUUAGACUGUCCAGAGCUGAUUGAAGCAUUUCUCAACUCUCAGAAAGCUGUUUUAUCUUUCUGUGUAAUAACACCAGCAGCAUUAAACCCAUUUUAUGUAUUUUACUUUCAGGUUCCAGAAACUUUUGAAGAUGUUGCUGUUAAGUUUUCAAAAGAAGAGUGGGAGAUGCUGACUAAACAGGAGAAAGAGCUGUACAGAGAGGUGAUGGUGCAGAACUUUGAGAACAUGAUUUCAUUAGGAUAUAGUAUCCCAAUGGAGCAUCUAUGUUUACUUAUUGAGAGAGAUGAAAGAAAUCCAUGUGGUUAUCCAGAAGAAGGAAUAAAAUUACUGAAAAACAAUCAUCCUGACGGCAGUACUGAUAUUGACAGGAAUGCAGACUCCAGUGAGAUUCAGACAUGUUGGUCAUCGCAUAGGAAAUACCUUUGUUCUGAAUAUGACAAGGCUUUGCCUGUCAAGAUGGAAAGCACAAAACAUGACAAGGAACAGUCUGAAACUGGUUGCUGUAAUUACGUGGAAGUCAAUGAUGGCAUUAUGAGGAAUACAGGUUUAGAAACCGAAUUGGAAGUUUAUGGAUGGAAAUGGCUUGAUGAUAGCAAAAACAAUGUAAAUGAUAAAUUUGCUUCCUGUGACCAAAGACAAAAGGAUACUGUUGUAGUGUAUAACCAGGGCACCUGUAGUGAGCAGGUGAAUAAAUGUGUCACAUCUGACAAACGUUUUACAAGUGAAAUAAGUUUAUCGGGGUAUCCAUUCCAUGCCAGUCAGGAAUCAUAUAGUUAUAAUCCAUGUGACAAUGUAGUUUUGAGUAAAAAAACUUCAGCUGCACAUGAGAUUAUCCGGUAUGGGGAAAAACCACAUAAAUGCACCAAGUGCGACAAGAGCUUUGCUAAGAAGAGUAUCCUGGCGAGACAUCAAUCAGUGCACUCUGGGCAGAAGCCCUACAAAUGUGAUAUAUGUGAUAAGACUUUUAAAUGCAAAAAUUCUAUAUUAAAGCAUAGUUGGAUCCACACUGGGCAGAAACCCUAUAAAUGUGCCACAUGUGGCAAGAGUUUUACAGAGAGGAGUAGUUUGGUAAAGCACCAGUUACUUCAUACUGGACAGAAACCCUAUAUAUGUGCCACAUGUGGCAAGAGUUUUCCAAUUAAGGGUAGACUGACAGAGCAUCAACGAUCCCACUCUGCGCUGAAACCAUAUAAAUGUUCACUUUGUGACAAGCGUUUUACAGUUAAAAUCAGUUUGGUAGCACAUGAGCUUAUGCAUGCUGGACAGAAACCCUAUCAAUGUUCCAUGUGUGAUAAAGGUUAUACAGUUAAAAGGAGACUGACAGAGCAUCUGCGUUCCCACUCAGAACAAAAACCCUAUAAAUGUGGUGUUUGUGACAAAGGUUUUAUUGUUAAGAGAAGCUUGGUGCGACAUGAAACUGUCCACACAGGGCAGAAACCAUAUAAAUGUGAAAUCUGUGGUAGAGGCUUUAAAGUUAAGGGUAGUUUAGUAGAUCAUCAGAGUAUUCACAAUGGGCAGAGACCUUAUAAAUGUGACAUCUGUGACAAGAGUUUUGCCCACAAAAGUAGUAUAGUGACACAUCAGUUUGCCCACAGUGGGCAGAAACCACAUAAAUGUGCCAAGUGUGACAAGAGCUUUGCAUUGAAGGGUAACCUGGCAAGGCAUCAGUUGGUACACAGUGAGCAGAAGCCCUACAAAUGUGAUAUUUGUAACAAGAGUUUUAACAGAAACAGAACUUGUUAAAGCAUAACUGUGUCCGCACUGGGCAGAAGAGCAGGCAGGGUCUGAAUGAGAGACAGAACCAACAAAUGAAGGAAAGUGGUAUUGCUGAAAAUGAAUUCAUCCAUGAGCCGCGGUGAGAACCGUCAUGUGGUAGACCCUGUUUUUACAAAAUCUCACUAAGACAACAGUGAUACUUAGACUGAAUUUUAUAAAUUGUGGAGAAAUGUAGGACAAAUAGUAAAAAAGAAGCAUUGGUGUCAGGUCCCAGGAUAAAAAGUGCCUUCUCCUGGAGUAUACAAGGCAGUGUAGAAUCCUAUGAACAAGGAAACAUUUCUACCACAGGGCUAGGCCACACUGAGAUUGAGUGUUACCUCUGUCAUAGAAAGAAGCAGUCCACAUUUAAAGAAAGAAAAACAGACACGAUGCAUAAAAACAAUAAAGUAGACUGCUGCAGAUAAGAAAUAUAUUAUGGAUUGUUGCUUUUGUACAACAAACCCAAAAUUUCCACACCUAUAACAAACACCAAGAAUAAGAAAGAAAAGUAUUUUCACAAGAAGAAACCUAUGGGUAAUAAUUUAAAAUCAUUAAUGUGCUAAGUGGGACAAAAAAUUACCUCGAUGAAGCAGCAUCUGGCUUCCUGGCAAAAGAAGGGGCAGAGGAAGUGAAGAAAGAUAAAGGUCAAAAACAGGGGUUAUUGAAAGGUAUAAAUAAGACAGACAGACAUUGGAAAGAAAAAGAGAUCUGAUAGGAUGCAAUAUUUAUGCAGAGAAGAAAGACAUAUUUAAAAAAGAAGGAAGCCAUACGAGUCAAUAUGAAAAAUCACAGUUCCAAAGAUAUCUGAAGAGACAUCCAGGUGUGGUAAAUUUCAAAAUGGAAAAAAAGGAGAGAGAGAAAUAAGAUUACAAAUGUGGAAAUAAUGUAAUUGAUAAAAAAGAAGUUUAGCAAUGAAGAAUUAAACAAAAUAAAAUUGGAAGUGAUAAGCCAACAAUGAAGUGUAUGAUUAGUGUGGAAACUCCAGUACAGGCAGUAGUCCAGCACGAGGGGUCAAUGAGUCCCCAGAUGAUGAUGAUGCAGCAGAAGGAGUAGGAUGCAUCGGGAGAUGAGAACACCAGGUGGUAAUGUUCUGGAAAAAGAGCAGUUAGAAUUAAAAAGUAAGGGCAAGAGUGCAAAACUAUGGAAAAGUGGUUUCCCUCAGUCCGGAAGAGAAUGAUCCAAGGAAAGACCUACUUGAUGUAAUAUAAAUGGGCUAAAAUAUUUAGAUAGAUAGAUAGAUAGAUAGAUAGAUAGAUAGAUAGAUAGAUAGAUAGAUAGAUAGAUAGAUAGAUAGAUAGAUAGAAGAAAUAGAGUACAACAAGUGAAUAAUUCCCAAAAUGUUAGAAGACUGGUAAACAGAAGAAUACAGUAAUUGAGACUCUCAAGAGAAAUUCAUGUGAAUUAACAGAAAUAACUAGGAUAUAUUACUGUACAGCUGAAAUAGUAACAGAUGAAGUGUUACCACAAAAAUGUACAGCAACAAAGGAAAGGAAAAAGUUAAGUACUCUGAUGAAGCAGUGGAUAAAGAAAAUUCUAAAGAAGCUAAGACAAGAAGCAUUACUAUUAGAAGAAUACAGAAAAGCGAGCAAAUAAAAAAUCUUAGAAAGAUAUAUGUGGUAAAUACAGCACAUUAUGUCAAAACAGAUCAGGAUUUAUCAUAUACUGCCCAAUAAUAAACUAAACAUAGGUUCAUAGGUAGGUACUAAGCUA